UUUGGACACCUGGGAGUGCCCAGGUGUGCUUUGGGUGGUCUGAGGCUGGCAAAUUCCCACACAAGCUGUGGGCGUUCACUUUGGUGGCUCGAAGGCACCGGGAUAUUUUUGGCGCCCCGGGUCGUGGGGGCUCCCUUGGGAUCUCUGCCCACGGGCCAGACUCUGGGGUUCGGUGUCUCGGCUCCACCCAAUCAUGUGGUCGCGGGGCUCCGCCCCUGCCCCAGUUCCUGUUUCAGCCCCUGGGCCUUAUCGACGCCCCGUUGCACUCCCACCGGGGCCGCAGCGCUGCCGGAGAUGGGGUCCCCGCAGCGCGGGGCCCGGCCCUUCUUGGGGUCCCCAGGCGCCUCGGCUCCCCCGUGACCGUCGGCGCUGGUGGCGCGGCCCUUCUCAGGAUGAAGGGCGGCGAGGGAGACACGGGCGAACAGGCCCCGCUGAACCCGGGGGCGGACAGCCCUGCGGGCUCCGCCACGUACCGGGAGUUCGUGCACCGCGGCUACCUGGACCUUAUGGGGGCCAGUCAGCAUUCCCUGCGGGCGCUCAGCUGGCGCCGCCUCUACCUCAGCCGGGCUAAGCUCAAAGCCUCCAGCCGCACGUCUGCUCUGCUGUCGGGCUUCGCCAUGGUGGCCAUGGUGGAGGUGCAGCUGGAGAGUGGUCAUGAAUACCCGCCAGGCCUGCUAGUGGCCUUCAGCGCCUGCACCACUGUGUUAGUAGCUGUGCACCUCUUUGCACUCAUGGUCUCCACCUGUCUGCUGCCCCAUAUUGAAGCUGUGAGCAACAUCCACAAUCUCAACUCUGUCCACCAGUCGCCACACCAACGACUCCACCGAUAUGUGGAACUGGCCUGGGGCUUCUCCACUGCCCUGGGCACCUUUCUCUUCCUGGCCGAAGUUGUUCUGGUGGGCUGGGUCAAGUUUGUGCCCAUUGGGGCACCCAUGAACAAACCAGCUCCUGUGGUACCUAUGUCCCAGGUGCCACCAGUGACCGUCUCCCUUAGUUUAGCUUCCAACCUCACACCAUCCUCUGCUUCUAUAGCCACAUCACAGCAGCCUUCCAAAGCCUGCCCACCCCGGCAAGUGUGUGGUGGUGCCCAUGGACCUGGUUGGCAGGCAGCUAUGGCCUCCACAGCAAUCAUGGUACCUGUGGGACUUGUGUUUAUGGCCUUUGCCCUACAUUUCUACCGAUCUUUGGUGGCGCACAAGACAGACCGCCACAAGCAGGAGCUAGAGGAACUCAGUCGCCUGCAGGGGGAGCUGCAGGCUGUGUGAGCCUGGCUUUAGAUUUGCAAAACACUGACUCCAUGUCUGCAAGAGAUGCCAGGGAUCUACAGGCCUCAUUCCUUGCCCCAGACUGGAGCCACCUCCUGUAAGCUACUCUCAGGUAGAGGCCAAAUACCUGCUCAGAGUCCUACACUCCCAGGGAUGUUCCCUGUUAUCAUGACCCAGUGGGUUUUGUAAGCUCCACUCUGCUUGGCUGGAGGAACAAGAGAGGAAGUGGGAUGGCCUCAGUCUAAGAAGGCCUUAGUGGGUCUUCAGUGGUGCUGAGCAGUUGAUUGCUCCUCUACAGGAAGGUGACAUUCCUGCACCACUGUCCUCCAAGGCAGUCAACCCUUGCUUGUGCAUAAUCUAUUUUACAGUUGGCAUUGUAGGAGAGAUUUCUACCUGUAUUGGUUUUGAUGGGUUUCCCAUUCCUGAUUUGGCUGCUGUAUCGGAUCUGGUGUUUGUUCCUAGGAUGAACUACUGCCCCAGGCUCAUAGGGCUCUCACCCUCUUUGGCCACAGCUGGGGGAAGAGGAAUCUCUGAAGACUGAGGGAUUGUACUGCUAGCUUGACUCCUUGACAAGGGUUGGGCGAGUUCGUAAGGGAGAAAAUUCAGCCCUUAAAAAGCAGAGCUCUCUAGACAUUGAAUUUUUGAUGCACCUUGUUUUGUUAAUAAAUUAUAUCUCACAUA